CCCAAAGCCUUCCUACUAUUGGCUGUGCUCAUGCGUGACAGUUUGGAGUAACUGUCGGCUCCUUUUAGCCCUAGAUUAGCCAUAUUCAUAGGCUUUGCUUGCAAACACGCCCCCUCCCGCCGUCUCGCUCUCUCAGGUUCAACGGCACUGUCUCUUUUUAACCCCUGCGAUCGACCGCUGCGCACUCAUCGCCUGCAUUCUCUGGGCAGCAGACCGGGGACUUUUAACUCUUAACUCCUUUUAACAGGCGCGUGUGUGCGUGUGUGUGCUCUACUUCGGUGCAUCGGCCAGAUGGAGGACUACCAUAAACCAGACCAGCAGACUGUGCAGGCGCUCAGGAACAUCGCCAGCCGGCUCCGGAUCAACUCCAUCAAGGCGACAACUGCAGCGGGCAGCGGUCAUCCGACAUCAUGUUGCAGCGCGGCAGAAAUCAUGUCUGUGCUGUUCUUUCAUACCAUGAAGUACCGACCCGAAGACCCCCGUAACCCCAACAACGACCGUUUCAUCCUCUCCAAGGGUCAUGCGGCCCCCGUGCUGUACGCUGUGUGGGCGGAGACGGGCUACCUGAAGGAGAACGAGCUCCUCAACCUCCGCAAGGUCGACUCUAUCCUGGAGGGACAUCCUGUGCCGAAGCAGCAGUUUGUGGAUGUGGCGACUGGAUCUCUGGGUCAUGGGCUGGGAGCUGCCUGUGGAAUGGCCUACACUGGAAAGUACUUUGACAAGGCCAGCUAUCGGGUGUUCUGCCUGCUGGGUGAUGGAGAGAUGUCUGAGGGCUCAGUGUGGGAGGCCAUGGCCUUCGCCUCCUACUACCAGCUGGACAACCUGGUUGCCAUCUUGGACAUCAACCGCCUGGGUCAGAGCGACCCAGCGCCCCUCCAGCACCACGUAGAGAAGUACCAGCGACGCUGCGAGGCCUUCGGCUGGCAUGCCAUCAUUGUGGACGGACACAGUGUGGAGGAGCUGUGUAAGGUGCUGAGUCAGCCCCGCCACCAGCCACUCGCCAUCAUCGCCAAGACCAUUAAGGGCAAGGGCAUCCCAGCGGCUGAGGAUAAGAUGGGCUGGCACGGUAAACCUCUGCCCAAAGACAUGGCUGAGAAUGUGAUCAAGGAGCUGCAGAGCCGCAUCAUCAGCUGCAACAAGCGCCUCUACCCUGCUCCACCCAAUGAGGACGCUUCACCUGUCAGUCUGCGCAACAUCCGUAUGCCGAGCGCCCCCAGCUACAAACCUGGAGACAAGAUUGCUACAAGGAAGGCGUACGGAAUGGCUCUGGCCAAGCUGGGCCGUUACAACGAUCACGUGGUGGCGCUGGAUGGAGAUACUAAGAACUCCACCUUCUCCGAGCUCUUCAAGAACGAACAUCCCAACCGCUACGUGGAGUGUUACAUUGCUGAGCAGAACAUGGUCAGCGUGGCGAUAGGUUGCGCAGUACGGGACCGUAAUGUGGUGUUUGCGAGCACCUUCGCAACGUUCUUCAGUCGGGCCUACGACCAGCUGCGCAUGGCUGCCAUCUCUGAGAGCAACAUCAACCUCUGCGGCUCCCACUGCGGUGUCUCCAUCGGAGAGGACGGGCCCUCUCAGAUGGGUCUGGAGGAUCUGGCCAUGUUCAGAGCCAUUCCCACGGCAACCAUCUUCUACCCCAGUGACGGCGUCUCCACUGAGAAGGCCGUGGAGCUUGCUGCCAACACAAAGGGUUUGUGUUUCAUCCGAACAAGCCGCCCAGAGAACAACAUCAUCUACAACAGCAACGAGGACUUCCAUGUCGGACAGGCUAAGGUUGUGUACAAAACCAAUGAUGACCACGUGACUGUGAUUGGAGCAGGAGUGACUCUCCAUGAGGCUCUGGCUGCAGCUGAACAGCUGAAGAAAGAGAGAAUCAACAUCCGUGUGAUCGACCCGUUCACCAUCAAACCUCUGGACUCUAAGACCAUCAUCGACAAUGCCAGGGCAACCAGAGGACGCAUCAUCACAGUGGAGGACCACUACUAUGAAGGUGGUCUAGGUGAGGCGGUGUGCUCAGCAGUAGUGAACGAGACCGGUUUCACCGUCCACCGCCUGGCCGUUUCCCAGGUGCCCCGCAGCGGCAAACCCCACGAGCUCCUCCGAAUCUUUGGCAUCGACCGUGAUGCCAUCGCUCAGGCAGUCCGCAAGAUGCUCAGCAGCUCCGCCAACGCCAAGUAAGGAUGCUGCAGCUGUGACAGCAGCGGCAAACAACAUGGUAAAGGACUCCGUGGUUGACUGGUGAUCUCCAUGGAGACAACAAACAAAUAAACCAACACAGGACGGGAGGCACUUCUGGCCCAUGCACGCCCUCCUCCUCAUAAAACAAUCUAUUAGUAUUUGUUUGAAAAAAUAAAAAGAUAACUUGGUUCUUCUCUUUUAACUGUCAUCGAUGUGGUUUUGACACCCCCCCCCACCCAAGAUUUUUACCCCAUCAGUUUGUGAGUUCAGUAAACACCCCCCCUCUCCUUCACACACACACACACACACACACACCUCCACCCCCCGCCCCCCAACCCCUUCCUACCUCUCAGAGAAAGUUCUGGUACUGCUGUAGUGUUUCAGUAAAAGCAGUGAACGUGGUUUGGAGUAAAGUGAAUUAUUUUUUAUCAUUUCUGUGGAUCCCCUCUCACUUCUUUGGCGCAGCGCUGCGUACGUCUGCACCCAGUACGACUUUGUAAAUCCCACCCCACUAGAGUCAGCAGGGUGUGGAGAAACUCUGGUUUGGUCUGUUUUUGAGCACUGACUGUUUUUAAUCCUUUUGACCCUGACUUGGAUGGGACAGCUUCACACCAAUAAAGGGAUGGUUUCUUCA